AUGACUUCGAAUACCACGGGCACUGGAACGACCGGCGGUGGAGGCUCAGCGUCCAUCGGGCAGACCAUCAAGGGCACCGCGCAAGUAAUUCAUGGCAUGGGAGAGAAAGUCCGAGGCGGGUUCCUUGGUAUCGUGGACGGCCCGGGCGCAGGUAGCACGCACCCCGUCGCCGCUCAGGGACAAAUGGAGACCGAAAAAGGGUUUGCAGCACUUCGAGGGACGGGCAACACAUCAAACACCGCCGCCGCCGGCGCGGGCUAUGGGGCAGCAGCCAACAGGGGGCCAACUGGCGCACCGGGCGUUGGCACGGACUACGGGUCAGCCGCUCCUGGUCCUGGUGGUGCGGCUGGAACGCAAUAUGGAGAAGGGACAGCGAAUACGGGGACCUACGCCCCGAGUGGCGCGGGAGGUGCGCCGGGACUGAAUGCCGGAGCCGGUGGGGGCACAAGGGGCGCGAUGCCGCAAGAGCAGUACCAAGAUGCAUAUCAAUCCCAGACCGGCCCUGCUCCCACGAGUCACGGAGGCGUGGGCGUGGGCCGGAAUAAUGCUGGCUUCCAGGGAGAUUAUGGGGGGCCGCAAGGCCAGACGGCGCCGCAGCGUGGUGGUGCCGGUCCCAUGCCUGACUACGCAAACUCUGGCCCGGGAACCGGUGCUGCCUCAGGUGGACCGCGUAGGUUGUGA